GGACCUCAUUGCGACGUGAGCUUGACGUCGCCAGUCGGUUGAACGAUGGGGUUCAGCUCGACAUUAAGUCCGACAUUGAGUCGACGGCUGCGGCUGCAGCUUCCUCGUCUCCACCGGCUCCUGCGCUCCAGUGACAGUCAAGUAGGAAACUCCACCAGAAGCGCCUCUCUGGACGGCGUGCUCGCCUCCUUCAGGUCUGUGUGCGGCGAUGACGGCGUCUCGGUGGGUGAAGCCGUCAGAGAGCAACAUGGCAAAGACGAGUCUGUGCACAGUUGUUGUCCCCCAGAUGUGGUGCUGUUCCCUCGCUGUGUGGAGGAGGUCAGUGCCCUGGCCAAGGUCUGCCAACGCCACCGACUUCCCAUCAUCCCCUUCGGCACCGGCACCGGCCUGGAGGGCGGUGUCACCGCAAUGCAGGGGGGCGUGUGCUUCAGCUUGAGGAACAUGGACCAGGUUCUGGAUCUUCACCCCGAGGACUUUGACGUGACGGUGGAGCCCGGCGUGACCCGCAAGACCCUGAACGCCUUCCUGCGAGACACCGGCCUGUGGUUCCCCGUCGAUCCCGGAGCCGACGCGUCUCUGUGUGGAAUGGCGGCGACCAGCGCGUCCGGUACGAACGCGGUGCGUUACGGAACCAUGAGGGAAAACGUGAUGAACCUGGAGGUGGUGCUGGCCGACGGCACCGUCGUACACACAGCCGGGAAAGGCCGACGCUCCAGGAAAACAGCAGCGGGCUACAACCUGACCAACCUGUUCGUGGGUUCCGAGGGAACACUGGGCAUCAUCACCAAGACAACGCUGCGCCUGUACGGCGUCCCCGAGGCCACGGCGUCGGCCGUCUGCUCCUUCCCCUCCGUCCAGGACGCCGUGGACAGCACGGUGCAGAUCCUGCAGGCGGGAGUUCCCAUCGCUCGCAUGGAGUUCCUGGAUGACGUGAUGAUCGACGCGUGCAACCGGUUCAGUCGUCUGUCGAACCCCGUGACCCCGACUCUGUUCCUGGAGUUCCACGGUUCCGAGCAGAGUCUGAAGGAACAAGUCAACACGACCGAGGAAAUCACUCGGAGUAACGGAGGCUCCGACUUUCAGUGGGCUCAGGACGCGGAGACGAGGGAGCGGCUGUGGAAAGCUCGUCACGACGCCUUUUACGCCGCCACGGCUCUCCGGCCGGGCUGCAAGGCCUACUCUACAGACGUGUGUGUCCCUCUGUCUCGACUGCCGCAGAUCAUCGUGGACACGAAGGAGGACCUGAUUGAAAACGGCCUCACAGGUCCCAUCGCGGGUCACGUCGGUGACGGUAACUUCCACUGCCUGUUGGUGGUCGACCCCGACGACCCCGAGGAGCUGCAGCGGCUCCAUCUGUUCACCGAUCGCCUGGCGAGACGAGCUCUGGCCCUGGACGGAACGUGUACGGGGGAGCACGGAGUGGGUCUGGGGAAGAGGGCGCUGCUGCGCGAGGAGAUGGGACCCGGAGCCAUCCAGGUCAUGCAGGGUCUCAAGGACACACUCGACCCCCAUAACCUGAUGAAUCCUGGGAAAAUUCUACAGCCGAGAGAACUGUAAAACUUUAAUUUUAAAGACCUCAUCGCGAACUUGCUCAUCGCUCACGUGUAAAAGUUCCAAAGAUCAUUGAAAGCCAAUAGGAUCUCACCAGGAAGUUGUUGUUUUUGAUGAUGAAUGUGAGGUUACACAUGAAUCUGUGACGAGAAAAUCAUGUAUGUUUGGUUUGAAAUGGUCUUGGCAGCAGCCAAUGAAAUCAUCAAGCGAUUCAAUUAUUUAUUUAUUUUUUUGAUUGAUUUCCUGAAAAUUUUGAAAGUUUCUUGUCAAAAAUCUUGGAAGAAAAAUGAAAGAUCAUUAGUCUCUUAACAUAAUUACAUUCCAGGAAAUGGAUUUGAGGUAAAUGUCUAAGACAACAUUUAAAAAUUAAACAACCAAAUCAGUAAAUGUGACCCUUAUAUUCUCAAAUACUCAAUUUCCACUCUCUCAAAACCUUUAUACAUCAAUAAUGUCUUAUAUACUGAUCACGUACAAGUUAUUAAUUACGUGUUUUUUCGUUGUCAGGUUGAAAAAUCUGAACGUCAGAGCCUGAAGUCGGAAAAAAAAUGUCUUAACUGUCCAAAUACUUAUGGUCCGGACUGUAAUGUGGUAAUAUCCUUUAUGUUCAACGUGUGUUGAACCUUCAAGAGCCUGUAUCUUUUUCAGAAUAAUAAUAACUCGAGUCACGGC